AUGGCCGCUCCUGCGCCCUCCGCCCCUGGUCCUCACGAGGACCAAGGGGUUAUGAGCCCAACUGGUGCUCGGCGUGCCAUUGAUUCGAGAUUGGAAGGUGAGACUGCUGGUCCGCGCUACGAUCGUUAUCCUGCUGGAAAUGCGAUGCCCAAUGGGGUACUUUCGGCUGAUGUUGUAAGGCGUGAGGAUAUGGUGCAGGCCUCACCUGGUGCAGCGAGUUUGGAAAGCGCUCCAUGGCCACCAGCAAUGACUUCAAGGACAGAAGAUGUGGGACCGCCUGGUACAUUUUCCUGUGAUUCCGGGCUUCGCCAAGAAACGUCUUCCGUGUCUGCUGGGAAUGUGGGGCCAACGAUUCCGCACUUGGUCGCGCGGGCGAGUACGGAUAAUCACCCGGGAGGCUCCCAGGGUGGGACUGCCUUGCCAGUCCCGUCCUGGAUGAGUCGUCUCGGGGAUUAUCUUCGCCAAGCUUCCGGACAGGUUGAGACGCUGACAACGACGCUCACGAGGAGUGUGGGAACAGACGAUGCUUCAUCGGCGUCCAUUCCGGUGGAGUUGGUGCAGGAGGAGGUGAGAAGACAAGUGGAAGCGGCCUUGGCAGGACAGAAGGGAAGGAUCGUGGUGUACCUCAUGGAGAUCGGGCCUACUCAGCAUCGCAAGUGCUUCAUGAGGAUCGUGGUGUACCUCAUGGAGAUCGGGCCUACUCAGCAUCGCAAGUGCUUCAUGAGGAUCGUGGUGUACCUCAUGGAGAUCGGGCCUACUCAGCAUCGCAAGUGCUUCAUGAGGAUCGUGGUGUACCUCAUGGAGAUCGGGCCUCUUUCGCAACUCAAGUGCUUCAUGAGGAUCGUGGCGUACCUCAUGGAGAUCGGGCCUCUUUCGCAACUCAAGUGCUUCAUGAGGAUCGUGGCGUACCUCAUGGAGAUCGGGCCUCUUUCGCAACUCAAGUGCUUCAUGAAGAUCGUGGCGUACCUCAUGGAGAUCGGGCCUCUUUCGCAACACAUGCACUUCGUGAGGAUCGUGGUGUACCUCAUGGAGAUCGGGCCUCCUCAGCAUCUCAUGCACUUCGUGAGGAUCGUGGUGUACCUCAUGGAGAUCGGGCCUACCCAGCAUCUCAUGCACUUCGUGAGGAUCGUGGUGUACCUCAUGGAGAUCGGGCCUCUUUCGCUCAUGCACCUCGUGAGGAUCGUGGUGUACCUCAUGGAGAUCGGGCCUACCCAGCAUCUCAUGCACUUCCUGAGGAUCGUGGUGUACCUCAUGGUCGUCAACCAGUUCCGUCGAUGUCUCGGGCCCAUGAUGGUCCUCGUGCACAGAGGGGCGAAGCUGGUGCCAGGUCAAGAAGUGCAGAAGGACAUGGCGAGCUUGGGAACAGGCCAAGGAAUGUGUAUGCUCGUGGUUAUGGUGCCAAGCGAUCUGCCUCAGCGAGUCCGUCGCCAAGUGGUGGUAGAGGAGUUGUGGGUGAGAGGAAGCGAGCAACAACCAGGCGAUGUGGCGCCUGCAGCUCCGUCAAGCCCUUCUCCGAUGGACAUUGUGCUUACAGGUAUCGGGCAGCUGCAACAGAUGUUGCUGAAGAAGGGAGACGGGUUGGAUGUGGAUAAGGCGUCGCCGAAUUUUCCGAUGUUGCCUGACUACACUCCGGAAUCUGGUGCCAUAGACUUCCAGGACUGGCUGUAUCUUGUGGAGCAACAAGUGUCUGCUAUGGCGGCAAGCGCUGGCGAGUGGUGGAAACAAGUCAUGGGUUCGGCCUUGGAAGCAUACCAGGAGUAUCAGGCGCUUUCGCCGAUCAAGCGGCUUGGGGUGAAGGCAAGGCUAUCAGAGGAGCUUCAGGACGGCAAGUACCAGAAGCUUGCGAAAAAGGUGGCAGCCUUGCUUCUAGUAGCGCUUCCGACAGGUGUCCGAGAUGAGCUAGUGGCCUAUCGUGUGCAGGGGACUCAUCAGAUACUGUUCAGGCUGAUGGCUGUGUACCAGCCUGGGGGCGCUCAGGACCGGGCACAACUUCUGAAACAGUUGGAGGUGAGUGAAUCUCCAGGAACAGCGACGGAUGCAGUGGUUGCGUUACGGAGAUGGUAUCGCCUGUACCAGCGAGCUUUGGAUCUUGGUGUUUCCUUGCCAGAUGAGUCCGUCCAGGUGAAGUCUUUGGGGGUCUUAACGAAGAAGGUGGCGGAGACAAAUCAAGACUUUCGCUUUAAGGUGUCCUUGGCGAAGGCGGAGCUUCAGAUUGACACCAGACCCACCUCGGAGAAUGUGUUGAAGUACUUCCAACAUCUCCUUGCAGAAUGUGAGCAGCUUGGGGCUACUGGGAGAAAGGCUACACCGUCACAGGCAUCGGAGGCUCCCGGACCCAAACUGAAGGGCAUGCAGCAACAGCCCUCAGAUGCCGGAAAUACCACUCAGAGGCCAAAGGCCAAGGCAUUCGUGGGAGGGUCUUCAGCGAGCCGAACGGUGCCUCCUUUGUGGUUCGACGAAGCACAGGGCAAGGGAUUGUCCUACGAAGAAGGUCCGUCGGUGCCGGCUGGAGAUGCUACUCGUGAGCAGCCUUCAAGCCUUACUCCUUCAACCUCAAACAAGAUCGACACGGAGCAGGUGGCGGCGAUGUUGUCCGAAACAAACAAGAUGCUGAAGGAUUUGCGGCGACUGCGAAUGCUGGUGGUGCUUCCGGAGAGGGUUGGCAAUGAAGACUUCCGUGUGAAAAUGGAUGUGUAUGAACGGUUGCUGCAGACUGAGCCAGAGGCGGUUGAGAAGGAUUCCGAGGAGAAGAUGGCCCUGUUGGAUUCGGGAGCGAGCCAUGCCUUUCGGGUUGCUGUUGACGAUCGUGAGGUGGAACAAGGAAAGUUGGUGAAGGUUGCCUUGGCCAAUGAUGAUCACGUUGUCCUUUCGCAGAACGCUGGUGGAACCCUGUUGUCUUCGCCUUCUACGAACCCUUCGGGUGGUGGAACGAUACUACCUAUGGGACAGUUGGUGCAGUUGCUUGGAUGCACGGUACGAUGGUCUCCGACAAGGCUUGAAGUUCGACACCCGAUCCAUGGCAAGUUGCGAGUGAAAGUCAACCAUUUCUGCCCAGAGCUGACCGAGGUGAGCGCGCUACAGCUCAUCAAGGAAUUGGAGGAAAAACGGGUUGGCGAGUUCACGAAGACCUUGGAGGAUAUGGAGAGGCAGCUCAAGGAGAUUGAGCUCUCGGGCUGUGGAGAUCGCGGUUGGGAACAGCACCUCAUGGAUCUGGUGGAAACUGGGGCUCGAACGAGUUUCUGUGGCUUCAUCCAGAAGGUGCCCUAUUUGCAGGGGGUGACCCCGGAGGCUUUCGCGACCAUCCCUGAGGAGUUCCCGGUGACGAACAAAGAGGGCUGGAGGCUCUUGAAGGGCAUGCCGUGGAGUAGAAGGAAACGAAGGAGUAUGUUCCUUAGCAACAACUGGCUGGUGCAUCUCUUCUCGGGAGACAAAAGGAAGAAGGGACUGGCUUCUUCAAGCGAAUGGAAGGCCAGUCUGCAUCGUGAUGAUGUUCUGGUGGAGGUGGACCUGAACCUUAGCAGUCACUUCGACAUGUUAAAGAAGGAUGGCAUCUUCAAGCUGCUUUUGUGGGGAGCUGCUCGGGGCAAAAUUGAGGCUCUAUUUGGGGGACCGCCUCGAAGAACCUUUCCCUUUACAGGAAAUGAGACGAUGCUGUCCUCGCAACAUGUUCGGGAAGUUCAGCUGGUUGCCAGGGCGAUGAUCCUUUGGUCAGUAGCUUCUGAGGGUAGGAGGAUCCUUUGGAGAGAGGGAUCUUUAGAAACCCCGGGUCCUGGAGUUGGUUGGUUGCUGGAACAUCCGAGAGUUGAAUCGGGGAAGGUUCCUGGACUAGAGCAAGGCGACAACAAAGAGAGUGACCUUGAGGAGCAAGAGAGGCUGGCUAAGGAAUGGUUCGACCUGGGCAAGUUUUCGCAUCGUGAGUGCCGCAUGUUGUUGGAAGAGAUGAACUUCAAGAAGAACUUGCGAGCCUCAUCCCGAGGCGAACAAGAAGGAUCUGUGGUGCUUGGCGCAUAUGCUCAUGGCGGCAAUCGGGGGGUUACUACAGAGGCACUCCAGAGACCGUGGUUGACGAAGUACCUGAACAUGUUUAUGCGGUGGAAUGUGGAAACGCAGCUGCAUGAGGAUUGCUCUUGGUCGGCUUUGUUGGUCAUGGAGACGAAUGAAGUGCCUCGACAUCGAGAUGUCCGGAACGCUCGUGAUAGUAACAACUACUUGAUUGGGUUGGGCGAUGAUGAUCCUGGCCGCGAGGUUUCCUCCGGUCUGUGGCUUGAAGGGGACCUGGAUGGACAGAAUGGGUUGGGCGAUGAUGAUCCUGGCCGCGAGGUUUCCUCCGGUCUGUGGCUUGAAGGGGACCUGGAUGGACAGAAAUUUGGUGGUGGAGGGAGAUGUGUCGAAAGGUCCUGUCCAUUCUCUGGCUUUGAACAAUUAAAGGGCUGUUUGGUUGAGAUCUCUGGAAGGAUGACGAGGUUCAAUCCAAAACAACACCAUGCGUAUGUGGGGAAGGAUCAAACUCAGAAGGAGCUUCUCGUGGCGGCCUACACACCUCUCGGCCUCGACAAGUUGCCGGAUGAAAAGGUCGGGAAACUUCGAUGCUUGGGUUUUCCGAUACGCUCAACCUUGGAAUGGGAUGAGGGCCCAGCGCUACAUGGAAGGGACCAGGUUCGUGAGGCUCAGGAGGAGCUGGAAAGUGAGGAUGAGGAGGAGGCCAAUGGACGGGUGCCAUGCUACGACCUGUUUGGAACGACCAUGUGGAAAACCUUCGCGAGGAUGUACACCAUGGAUGAGGUCAAGUGUGAUUUGGAAAACUUGGGACCUACGACUUUGGGUACGAACCUCAAUCUCUGGUCUUUGGAGGGUGAGGAUGGUCAUGGUCUGAAGGCCGGUACAAGAACAAGUCGAUGGCCAACGGGGAUGAUAAGUUCUGUCUGUGAUGCUCUAUGUGCUUGGCCCGGUUUUGCUACGCGAGAACAUGCUUUGACCAGUAUGGUUCGAAGGCUGGGAAGGCGAGAUGGUGAAGAAGGUGAAGGGAAGCUCGCUAAAUUCAGCUUGGAGGAAUGGCGCAUUCACCUGAGACGGGACCAUUUGCCAUACAGGAAGGAUUGCCGGGAGUGCAUCCAAAGGGCGACGGGCAAGCCACAUAGGAGAGUCGCUCAUCCUUCAGCGUAUGUCCUGAGCAUUGACACUGCUGGUCCGUUUAGGGCGACGGGCACUGAUGGAGCGCGCUACCUGCUAGUCGGGUGUUUCCGCUUUCCUAAGAUCCCAGAAACAGGGGACCCUGAGCAGUCUGGUGUGCAGCCUGGGGACGUGGACAAACCGGAUGACGAGGGUGAUUGGUUGCCUGGGAUGGAGGGCGAGGAUGUCGUAUCAGAGGUUCCUGCUACUGAAGGUGCGCCUGUAGGGGUCUCGGAGGAGCUUGGCCCUGAUCCUGCUGCUAUUCGUGAGGAAGAUGAUCCGAAACAGGAGGAGAUCAAGGCCCUGGAGCGUAUGUCUGAGCCCUUCGAGUUCGAGUCUGCCUAUCUUUGUCGACCCUUGAAGACCAGGAAGAAGGCGGAAACACUCAAGGCCUUGCAGGAGAUGUACCUGUCUCUAAGACAACGGGGCCUGCCAGUCUUACGAGUACAUUGCGACCGAGCAAGGGAGUUCAUGAACGAGGGUAUGGACAUGUGGGCAGCGGCGAGGGACAUCAUAGUCACGAAGACUCAAGGCGAUGAUCCGUCACAAAAUGGGGCGGCGGAGCGGGCUGUUGGUUUCAUCAAGGGCCGGGUGCGAACUUUGCUUGGACAGGCCAAAGCCUACAGCAAGCUUGGAGAUGCCGUAGUGAGAUCGUGGUGGUCAAGGGCGGCAUCAACGAUUUGCCAACAACACGCUGCUCAGGCCUUUGGAAGGGGCAAUCCUAGCGUCGCUCCUUUCGGAUCACAGGUGUUCAUCAAGAGGAAGAGGUAUGGCCAAGGGGGCACUGACUUCGAGGACAAGUGGAUCCAGGGGUCUUAUUUGGGGCCUGUUGAGACAGUCUCCCAUGGUCAUGUUGUUCGCACCGUGCAGGGCAAUGUUUGGUACACAACAAAUGUCCGUCGCCUACCCGAACUACCUCCGUACGAAGAUGAAGGUGAUGACUGGCAUCCUGAACGACGCGUGGUUGGAAAAACACCGCCUGUGGUGCGAGUCUUUAGGGCCGACGAGGGUGGCGAGGAUGGCAACGUCUUUUGCAUGAGCAGAUUGGUGGAACCAGUGUCGACAACUACUGACGCUGUUCCGGAUAAUGAAACCACUGAAGGUUGGAUGGAGUCCGCUGGAGGUGAAGACGCUGGUGACGAUAUGGAUGAGUCCCAGUGGUUGGUGGAGGACCAAGAGGGUGAGAUGGAUGGCCGCUAUUGGUCUCGCUGUGUGUUAGAUGAGGAACACAACUUACGACGAUGUGUGCCGGAGGACUAUCAAGAACUGUUUGAGGGUGUGAACCAGGCGACGUUGGAAGCUGAAAGGGCUUUGGAGCAAAGGGAGUCGCAGAAGGUUUACAAGGCCUACUCGGUUGGGGAUUGGUUCCGGCUAUGUUGCUUUGUGGAGGAUGAUGACGGGAAACAUGGUGUCGAGCCUGUCUUGGAGAACCUUGAAGGUCCUCUUCAGGUCGUAUACACUGUACAGCUUGACGAGGUGAAGCAAUUCCUUCCGCGGUGGAAGGAGGCCAUUGGAAAGGAGAUGAAGGCUCUGCUGGAUGCGGGAGCCUUGGUUCCCCUCACGGAGGAGGCUCGUCUUGUCAUAUGUGGCAACUUCGAGGGAAGGAGUCAGAAGGAAGACAGCUAUGCAGGGGGAUGUCAAGGGGAGUCCUUGAGGGCGAUGAUUGUUCAUGCCGCACACAAACGAGGUGGAUCACGUCCUUGGAAGGCAGCAGGAACAGACAUCAGGAAUGCCUUCAUCUUGGCCCCGAUGGACGAUGGCGAGGGGGUGCAUUGCCUUUACCCUCCCAAGGUGUUCCAGGCGGCGGAAAUACCGUUUGCGAAGUGCUUAUUUCGGGUGGACCGAGCUCUUUAUGGCUUUAGGCGCUCUCCGAAGCUGUGGAGUACCUUCCGGGACAACAGACUGAGGCGAGCUCGAUUCAAGGUGGGAGAGCUGGAUGCCUUCCUCAGACAGCACAGGGCGGAUGAGAAUGUUUGGAGUGUGGUGGUCAUGACGCCUGGCCCAGAUGGAACGAUGCAGGAAGAAGUUCGGGCAUUCGUCAACGUUUAUGUUGACGACAUCUUGUAUCUGGGUGAGGAGGAGGUCGUUGCGGCUACUCAUGGGUGGAUCACACAAGAAUGGAAGGCCUCGGAUUUGACAUGGGCAUCCAUGGAACAGCCAGUUCGUUUCCUGGGGCUAGAGAUCUACGAGACGCUCAACGGCUUCAAGAUCGGGCAGACUGGCUACAUAUCUGAGGUACUUCGACACUAUGAUGUUCAGGGGCAUGGUCACGGGACGCCAUGUCCUCAGUCAUGGCUGCUGGGGGAGGUGAACUUUGAUGAGAAGCAGUACGACGAGCAGACCUUGAGGCGUGCUCAGAAAAUCACUGGCGAACUUCUCUGGCUUUCAACAAAGGGCCGGCCAGACUUGAUACACACAGUUGCCACCAUGAGCAGUCUGUGCGUGAGGGACCCUGAGACUGUGGAGCGCAUCGGCAUGAGAACCUUGGGCUACUUGAAGGCGACGGCCGAUUGGUUCUUGUUCUGCGAGCCGACAACCCACAACCAUGAUGUGGAGGGUUACAGUGAUGCCAGCUUCGCCCCCCAAGGGGGGCGGAGCAUCGGUUGCUCGCUGGCUUGCUAUCUGGGGUGCCCCAUAUCUUGGCGAUGUGGGAGACAACCACUGGUUUCUCUGUCUGUUGCCGAGGCAGAGCUCAUAGAGGCUGUCAAUGCCAUCCAGAUGGUCUAUGGACUCUCAUCUUUUACCUCCGAAAUCAGGCAGCUGGAACUUGGAAAACUCGUCACCUACGAGUUCGUGCCUUUCAUCUUCGUGAGGUACAAAGGCCUUCUCGAAGCCAAGACUCCUGGAGCUUUGCCGUAUGUGGGGAUUGGGAACAACUUCGCCAAGAGAGAUGUUGGAGGGAUACAAAUCAGUGUUGCUUGGGAGUUUUAUGCGCUGGUUUUUGUCAGCUUGGUGGCUGCGAUUGGUGCAUGGGAGGCGAUCAAGUGGCUGUUCGAGUGCUACGCUCUGAAGAGUCUCGGAGGCACAGCCCUGCAUCCGCUCCAGAAGGGCGCGGUCCGGUUCCCUCGCUGGAUAGGUCGGCCUCUUCUUGGGAAGAACCGCCACCUCCUGUACGUCAGACGCGGCGAAG